AUGACAAGGCCGGCGACCGAUUCUCAGGCUGGCAGCGAUCUGAUGGAGGACGAAGGAUCUCGCCUCCUAGAUUCUGAUCGCACCAAUAUAGCCUCUGGCGGUUCAGGACAUGGAACGUUCUCUUCUGAUUCUCAAACAUACCUUGAUCAUGGUACAAAUAUAGGCCCUGGUCAACAGCAUGGAAGCUCGUUCCCUGAGAGCUCGAGUCAAAGUGUAAGAGGCGAUGGGAUCUCUUCGAUUCCGCUUCAUGUUGCGACGGGUAAAUCAGCAACCAAGCAACUGGCCGAUGUGCACGGCGUGAAGAACCAGAAGAUUAUGUACCUCUCGUACUACGUACCAUUCUUCAACUGGAUAUCCCAAUACCAAUGGAAAUAUCUUCGUGGCGAUUUCGUUUCGGCCUUGACUGUGGCCUCGGUCUACAUCCCGCUUGGCUUGUCUCUCGCGUCUAACGUCGCCCACAUACCUGCGCUGAACGGACUCUACUCCUUUGUUUUCCACCCAUUUAUCUAUGCUCUCCUUGGAAGUAGCCCGCAAGUGAUAGUGGGCCCAGAGGCGCCGGGCUCCUUGUUGGUUGGGACGGUUGUUCGCAGCGCUGUGAACGACGGGAAAUCCAUUGAUGACGAUCUUUUGGCAAAUGCGCAAAUCGCUGGAAUAGUCACCGGGAUGGCGGGUGCAAUGAUCCUGAUCGCAGGCCUUACUAGGCUUGGGUUCCUGGAUAACAUUCUCAGUCGGCCCUUUCUGCGUGGUUUUAUCAGUGCCAUUGGAUUCGUCAUCUUCGUCGACCAGCUGGUUCCAGAGAUGGGCCUGAACAACCGUGCCAAGGACAAUGGUUUGGUCACUCAUGGGAGCAGUUGGGAUAAGCUGAUGUUUCUGUUUCAAAAUGCUCAAUACAGCCAUGCAUUGACCUGUGCCGUUGCAUUCGGUAGUUUUGCUAUAAUUAUGAUGUUCCGUACAAUGAAGAAAUACUUGGAACCACGGUUCCCAACCAUCGUUUUCUUCCCCGAUCAGCUGCUCGUUGUUGUUCUCUCCGCAGUCCUCACCUGGAAACUUGGCUGGGAUAAGAAAGGACUGGACAUCUUGGGUGAUGUCAGAGAAAGUGGAAACCAUUCGUUUGCCUUCCGCUGGCCUUUCCAUUGGGAACAACUCGAUCAUAUACGAACCGCAAUGAGUACUUCAUUCAUUAUAUCAUUACUUGGGUUUUUUGAAUCGUCAAUUGCUGCCAAAGGCCUUCGAAAUACAGGCCGAGAUGGAAUUGACGGCAUGACGUACAGUCCAAACCGGGAGCUUGUUGCCCUGGGAGCAGCCAACAUCAUUGGCGGAUGUUUCAUGGCAUUGCCUUCAUUUGGUGGUUAUGGAAGAAGUAAGCUGAGUGCCGCGACUGGCGCGAAGACUCCAAUGAGCAGCGUCUUUCUAUGUCUUAUUACGGUGAUAUGCAUCGUGUACCUGCUGCCCUGGUUUUACUAUCUUCCGAUGUCUGUUUUGUCCGCUGUUAUAUCCGUUGUCUCGUGGUCGCUCAUUGAAGAAUGUCCACACGAUAUCCGAUUCUUCAUUCGCAUUCGCGGCUGGUCAGAAUUAAUCCUCAUGCUUCUUAUUUUCCUUUCCACCGUUUUCUACUCGCUAUAUCUUGGAAUCGCGUUGGGAAUGGGACUCUCCAUCCUCCAAGUGAUUCGGCAUGCAACCAAACCACGCAUCCAAAUCCUUGGCAAGGUCUCCGGAACCGAUAGUCGGUUUGAAAAUGCAGAGCUUCACCCUGAAAGGGUAGAAUUCAUCGAAGGCUGCCUGAUUGUCAAAAUCCCGGAACCACUUACAUUUGCGAAUACGGGAGACCUGAAAAACCGCCUACGACGCCUUGAAUUCUACGGCACCAAUGCCGCGCACCCGGCUCUACCUCGCGUCCGAUCGCCGGAGCACAAUCGGAAUAUGAUCUUUGAUAUCCACGGCGUAACGAGCAUUGAUGGCUCCGGCAUUCAGGAGCUUUCGGAAAUCGUCCAGGAGUACGUUAAACAAGACGUUAGAGUGUUCUUCUGCCGCAUUCCCCGGCCAGAAAGUGGAGUUUUCCGACUGAUGGUGAAGAGUGGUAUCGUGGAUAUCUGUGGAGGAAUGACUCAUUUUGUGGAAAGUGUUGAUGAGGCGCUGAAGCUGACAGAGACGCCGCAUGUUCACGAAGAUUGA